UGAACGACGCGGAAGGGGGAGGACGUGUUGCACGUGUUUUUAAUUUUUUACUCCAAUGCAGGGUCUUCAAUGAAACAAAAGUUUAAUUUCGCGCUCUAACUUUCCUGUUAUGAACAUCAGUGGAUAUUUUUUAUGAUCAUUGGACUAUGAUUUGACACGCGCCCACUCGGCCACGAAGACCACAGAUGUCCGUGAGCAGGUUAUGAUAUUGGUGCACGCGUGAGCCAUGGAGAUGUCUCAUCAAGGAGGGGCGGAGGCCGAGAGCCUCCUCAGGCCCGAUCAGCGCCCGGUCGUCAUGCCUCAAGGGAACAGGGCUAUUGGCUGGGUCGAGCUGGAGGGCGAGAAGGCGCCGUUCCUCCGCAACGAGCCGGUGAAGCUGACGCCCGCGUGGGAGGGCUCCAACCUGCCCAAUGACACGCUCAACUUGAAAGGAAUCGCAAUGGACCUGGUACCGCCGAAAGACAGAUGGAACUUGAUCUAUAUCAUCCUAGUCAUCCACGGCCUGGGCACCCUCAUAGCGUGGAACAUGUUUAUCACUGCCAAGGAUUACUUUGUGAAGUACAAGCUGGCCAACGCUCCGGACUAUGCGGAACAUUACCUGGCGUAUGUGGGAUGGGCCGCUCAGAUACCGAACUGCUUGUUCAAUUGGAUCAACAUCUUUGCGCCGAUUAGCGGCAACCUGACGACGCGUAUCGUAUGGUCGCUGAUGAUCGAGGUGGCCAUCUUCGUGAUGACCGUCAUCUUGGCCAUGGUGGACAGCUCGGAGUGGCCCGUGGCUUUCUUCUGGUUCACCAUGAUAUCUGUCUUCGUCAUGAAUGCCUGCAACGCGAUCUUCCAAAACUCAGUCUACGGCGUCGCCGCGCGUCUGCCCGUCAAAUACACUGGAGCCGUGGUACUUGGCUCAAACAUUUGCGGCACACUAGUGGUGUUCCUAUCGUGGUCAGCUGAGCUGUUCGAUUCAAGACGAACGUCGGCUAUAUACUACUUCAUCACUGGCAUCUUCGUGCUGCUUAUAUGCUUCGAUACUUACUUCGCGCUGCCUCUCAAUAGGUUCUACCGCUACCACGACACACUUCAACAGCGUACGAUGCGAGUGAACCCAGCUUUAGCGGCGACCAACCAGGCGCCUGACAAACCCAACGUGCCUUACGGGACCAUCUUCAAGCAAUCUUGGGUGCAGCUGUAUAACAUAUUUAUAACCUUCUUCGUAUCGCUGGCCGUGUUCCCUUCUGUACACUCGGAUAUCGAGCCAAUUCAGAAAGGGUUCCUAGGUAAUAUGUUCGUGGGGAUCACCUGCUUCUUGACUUUCAACGCAAUGGCCAUGAUUGGAAAUAUCACGGCUAAUUUAUGGCAAUUCCCGUCAAAGCGUUGGCUGUCCCUGAUGACGACACUGCGCAUCCUGUUCAUUCCCUUCUUCCUGAUGUGCAACUACAAGUCGGCCACGCGAACUCUGCCGAUCUGGAUCAACGACGAUAAGCUGUACUGGGCCUUCGCGGCUUUGCUGGGAUGGAGCUCCGGCCACUGCAGCUCUUUAGGCAUGAUGUAUGUCAGUGGGACGGUAGCGCCCGAGAACGCAUCAACAGCCGGCAUGAUCGGCGCGGCGUCUCUCGUCACAGGCAUCUUAGCAGGCCUGGUGUUCACACGCGUCUGCCCGCUCAUAGUGACGGCCAACUACGCGGGUCUCUAGCGAGUUGCCGCGCGCGCCGCCGCCGCGCUACGCCUGUUGACAGGCCUCUGACGAACUGUCAGUGAUCAGUGACAGUGAUGAAACAGUGAAUAAAGUGUUCUUUGAAUGAAAAUGAUGUUUAAAGUGGAUAAAGUGACAUGUCUGUGAACUGGAACCGGUGAGGAAAAUAGUGAGGAGGCUUGGAUCGAGACACUUGUGCUUCACUAUGUUUCACGACUCACUAAGGCAGUGAAGAAAAUAGUGAAUUGUGGAUUGGAUUGUUGGACGUUUGUGUAACGCUGUGUGUUUCACCACUCACUGAGAAAUUGGUGAGCACUAUCCGCAGUGCGGUGAAGUUGACAGCAUAGCAUGAAAACUUGAAAGUAAAUGGUGACAAAGAGGCUAGAAUUGUGAGAUCAGUGACAAGUGAUUUGAUGUACUAAGACUACCCAGAUCAAGCAUGUAUGAUGAUUAUAGUUAUCAGAUGUAAUAUAUCGGUGAUUAUCCGCUACAGUAAGUGCCUUUUUCCUCUGAUGCGGAUUUCGGCGCGGAUCUGGGGGGCAACUGCGAAACGUUAUUCACGUAGUUUCGGGUCUAUCUGUCACCGUCGCUCUUGAUGGCAUCUCGCUUCGCGUGAGAGAGAUGGCAAUAUUCGGAACUUCGGAUAACGUUUUUUGGAGUAACCCCGCUGGUCUCUAAUCACGCUGCUGAUUGCCUAUCUUGUAAUAGGAAAAAAACCCAUGAAAUAAUCAAAUGCGGACAGCCAGACGCAAAAUGCACGUGCUGAAAUCCGCAUUAUAGGAAAAAGGCACUAAAUCUGAUCUGAUAUUUAAAAAUCAAAAUAUUUAUAUUGUAAAGUGAGAAGAAAUCGUAAGUAAGUACUUUUGUUGCCUUCAAGAUCCAAACUAGAAAAGCUGAGAUUAAGAAACUUAUUAUGAAUCUAUAUUUAUAUAAAUAAUUAUGUAUUAGUGAUUCUGACGAGUCUUAAAAGUGAAUGUGGUUAAACUUUGACAUUGUUAAAACUUACUGCGUUUUCAAGAUGUCUGACAAACUAUUUGUGAAUUAUAUCUUAAUGUAAAAGCAAGAUUUUACAUUAAGAUAUCGUAGUGUUCAAGGUCAACAUUUUACAUCAUUGCUAUGGUGUUCCAAUAUGCUACUUCAGUUUGGUGCAAGUUACUUUGAUAAAGAGAGAAUAACAUGUCAUCAAAUAUGAUGAUGAAACUUAACCAUUGUUAUCAAAUUUAAUCAGUAAUAAUAGUGUUAAAGAGAAGUAUGUGUGCUAAGAAAACAAAUAAGUGCUACAUGAGUGCUUUUUAGCUUGUUAAUUUAUUUUAUCAAGAUAUUAUAUUAAUGUUUUUGCCUGAGCUAUUAUGUAUAUUAUCUACAAGUUAUAAAAGUAAUAGUAUAUGUAUUUUAUAAAUAGUGAAUUGAGUAUAAAUCAGAAAGACAAUAGUAAAAUGUUUCAAGCUAGUACACAUUUAAUUUUUCAAUCAAAGGAAUUGAGUCUCGAAAGAAUCCUGAUAUUAUAUUAUACAAAUAAUAUAUACCUUAGCUUAUUAUAUAUUGUGUUGCACAAUAAAUAUAGUAUAUUGGUAUAUUAUCUUACCUAUAAGUAUCAACAUUGCUUAUUUCUAUAAUAAAACGAAUGUUAUGAAAUAAACAAUGUCUAGAUAGGUAUAUGCUAUGUAAAGAUAUACAUACUGUUAAAGUUUUUAAGUGUAUAAAAUAUAUUUAUAUAUUGGCUAGUACAAAAUGGUUGAAGUAUAAAGUCCGUUAAGUUUUAGGUCGAUAUUUUGCAGUGAACACUACUAUUAUACAGUUUGUAUAUUUAAUUAUUUGUAUGACAGAAUCAUUUAGCACUAAUAACCACCUUUUUACUUUCACAUUCACCUAAAAAUUGAAAUGUCCAUAAAAAAAUUGUUUAUAUUAAGAAAAUACAUGUUUUCAAUUUAACGCACAUCUUAUGUAGGUUUAAUCUUUAUUUAAUUAUCUUCUAGCAAUAAUCUUCUCUUUGGUUAACCAAUUUUUUACAAUUAUAAAUGACUAUUAUUAUUAAUAUUGACAUCUGUUCUACAAUACCAUUAUCAAUUUUUUUUUUGUCAAUAUAUUCCCAAAUUGUUUCCUAAAUUUUAUUAUAAUGAAUGUUAUUAUAAAUAUUAUUGAAAAAUGAGUUCUUCCGUCUUGUAAAUUCACAAAUUAACAUUUUCCCUAACAAACUAAAUGUAGGUUUGACAGACUGAAACUACUAACAUUGUUUUAGGUUAGUUUGUUUACGUUAAGUGAUGUUUAGUCGAGCUAACGGGUGUUGAGUGUCCCUGUUGUUUGUAAAAUAUUGAUCUGACGAAGCACAGAAUAAUUUUAAUACAAAUUAAACCAAGUAGAAAUCCAUGUUACGUUAAACUACGGUUGUUCAACACAGUCGCAUUUUGUUAAUGAUUGUUCAUUGUUUUCUAAUCGUUAAUUCCUGCAUUCAAUGAGGGCUAUCGUUUUAAGAAGCUGUAGGAGGAGACUCUCAUUUGCUUACACCAGGAUGGCGCCACUGUAGAGUCAUGUCAAUCACCAGUGGUGCCAACUGGCAAGUAUAAAAACGAUAGGCCUUAUAGUUUGCGGUCGUUUUGGAGUAGAUACUCGAAACCGAAUACCUCUUCUACAAGAGGUGGUUUACACAAAGUUCCUUGGUAUUUUGUGUUUCAAUCAUAUCAAUAUUAAAUGGGGCGUUUAGUAUAAAAUCAUAGCAAAUGAUAUUCUGAAGCGCUCGUGUGUUCAAAUCCCGAAACCAAAUAAAUAUUGCUAUCAACGACAUAUUCCGAACAAAGCAAUCGGCGUCUUAUGUUAUUCCUAAUACGGUUGUUAGUCUAUUUAUUUGAUAGUAAACAUUUUUUUUAUUA